AUGGCCAGUGCUGCUGCCGUGGACCACCCCUCUGAGCAGGCCCUGCCGCCUGCAGAAGGCAUAUUGACGCCGUCGCCAAAAAUUGCCAACAUCCACGAAAUUGUGGGAAACUCAACAUCAUACCCAGAAGCCAAAAACACUGCCGUUCGCAUCUUAUCGGGCCGCUACGACAAAAUUGACUACAAAGAAUAUGCAAAUUUCCUGGGAUCAACCGGCAAUGGCCCCGUUUUACAUGAAUUCCUGCUCCUCUUACAACCAUUGCCCGGCUCUCUAACAGGGACACUUAGAAAACUCUCCACCAGCAUAUAUUUCAUUGCCGAAGCAGCCAACAUUGAUACCAUACUCGAGGGACUAGCUCAGCAUUGGCUACAGGCUCAUCGGAAACCUCAUUACUUGGAGAAUUAUAGACUAUGCCAUAUAGUAAUGUUUGCUUUGCUCAUGCUAAACUCUACUUUGCACAGUGACGCUGCGGAUUGUAAAUUCACACUUCAGCAAUUUCAAGAUAAUACCAUAUAUGCGCUUGAACAGGAGUGUCCUGAAAUAGAUGUGCCCACUUUUAGGAAAGAGCUGGGUGGUUCAUACCUCUCUCUAGAGAGAGAACAAUUGCCUCUUUUACGAUCGAACGCGCCGAAUACCCGAAAACCUCUCAUUAGCCGGGCAGGAACACGCCUCACACGAAGUAGUUCAAACAACAUGAAAAAGCUCUCUAUGCUGUCAAUGAAGGGCAGUUCUCUGGAAAGGUUACAUUCAAACCAAUCUACUGGCUCCACUCCUAGUAGUAUGGGCACAUUUACGUCGCGAGAUACCGCCACCACCAGUAAUUUUCGAUUGCGAAAUAAUCUUCCCCUCCAAAGACUUUACAUCGAGGAGCCAUUCGACGUAGAAAUGCGGAACAGAGAUCAUACACCAUGGCUCAUCGACACUGUCGUUCAUUACCAGGAAACGUCGAAUGCUCAUAGCUCUACUCCACAAUUGUUGGCACAGCUACAUUCUAGAAAGCGAAAGCUUCUAGGAUGGUUCAAGAAACAUUCGAGGGACUCACUUUUCAAGGAAAAUGCUCAUGCCACUUCGACACAUCAUCUCUCCAGUGCGCAUAUCAGGGUUCAGGAGGGUCGCUUGUUUGUUCAUCAGCUGAAAAGCCGUGGUUCGGAACACCAGGAGUCUCGAGCGCUCGACCUAGAACGUUUGAGGAAAGCCAACUCCCAUUGCCACGUAUAUAAUCUUUAUGGUGCCUUGGCCUCAUUCUCUCGGGAAAGCAUUGUCGCAAGUGAAAAUUCCAAUAUAACUGCGGCUUGCGUAACAGUCGACUUCCCUCACGCUUUAGAUUCGGCCACUAAGUUCGCUUUCUUAUUUGAAACUCAAACAGUGGCAGAGGCCAAGCACUUGACUGAAUGCGUCAAUUUCUGGAGCGCUCGAAUGACGCCUAUUCCCUCCGCCCAGAUAGAGAUGAUCUCCAAUGAAGAAUAUGGAUGGGGUCCGCAUUCACUAAGCCAGGGCGCCGACCUUUCAAAGGUCAAGCUGGCACGAUGGGCGCCUCUGGUAGGACUAGACUCAUUUUUCGAAGACUUGGAAGAGGGAAUAGCAUUAUGGGACUACAAGUCACAGCUGCAAGGUUUGAAAAGCUACACAAGUACCAUACAAAAUCAACUAGACGACCACCAUUCUUUGAAGCCAAAAAUGCUCGUGGCAUGGGCAGGUAAUAAUAGCGGCCUUUCGAGCCAAACUGAUCGUUUCGAAGAAGCUAUGGAUAAUUGGAAUAACAAGUAUUUGUAUCUCAACCAACAAUACAGCAAGUUCUCGGUCUACUUGAAGGCCCUAGAAAAUGCAUCCAAACUCUAUCAAGAUUGCAGGCCAGUAUGUGGCUCUCCAUAA